AUGAUCGCCUAUUUCGCCAAAGCAUUCUGCGUCAGUUCCAGACCUGACGGCCGAAUGGCUUGGGUGGUCCACGACUCCAUCCGUGGAGACCAUGGCGUUCCCCUGCAGGACCUGGACAGCCGAGCAACAGCCACAGUGCUUCCCGGUACCCGAGAGAAGAGCAUCGCCAAGAUUGGUCAGUUGGAAGUCUUUGUGACCAUGGAGGACCUGGAGAAAGAGGCUGCUCAGAGGCGGACGAAGUCUUGGUCCAUGCUGUAUGCACACAUGGCAGGAUUCGCAAUGAUUUCUGCGGGCGGAGAUUUGCAACACUCCGACUUCUUUCGGGACGAUUGGCCCAACAGUUUACUUGCAGUGUUGUUGAACGUGCUCUUCUUGCUGUUGGUUUUCUGGGUCUCGGCUCGGCUGCGGCCACGGGGCGACGAAAGUGAUAUGGAGUCCGACGAUGAGGGCCCAGUUGAAAUGUGGAAUGAGAACGCAAUUGAAUCUGAGGACGAGCUCUUUUGCUUGUCCAUCUCUUUCUUGCUGGUGCAGGCCCUAAGAUUCCAAGCAAGCGGCGUUCUUUCUACCAAGGCUGGCUUGGAGCCUGGUGAGAACUUUGGGACUAUGGCGAUCCUCACGGUCUACGGGGAAGCCUUGCUCUUCGUGGUUGCCACGGUGGUGGUGGUCUUCAGCGGGAGGACAGGCCGCUUGGCCGACCUCCUCCGAGGGACGUUGUCCAUGGCCUUCGCCUGGUGUUUGCUCUUCGCCUCCCGAUGGAUGUUCGAGCCAGAGCCUCAGCGAGACCUCUAA